CGAGACGCGGCCCUCGCAAAAGUCUUUAAUUUUAGGCGGAAUUAAGCGCCCAAAGUUGGCGCCAAUAUAUUUGCGUCCCCCAUUAAAUGCCGUCGGGCACACUGUCGUAAAUAGGUAGAAAAUAAGGAGGUUUUGCGACGGAACUCAAAACACGUCGUAUCAGCAAUAAAAAAAAACAAAAAAAAAACUGAACAUCGAUCUAAAUCAGUUCCCAUCCCGUCUCCUAUAGCUAGACGGCGUGCAAGACUCUCUAAAUCAGUUCCUAACCCGUCUCCUCUAGCUAGACGGCAAGACUCUCUCUUUCUCUCGCUCUCUCGUUCAAAGCUGGUUCUUAGCAAUCCGGCCUCAGUUUCUAUCACGACUACAGAAUCAAGCAAGGUCUCUCUAUCACUGCCCUAAAUUGGUGAUUUCUGUUCGUCUCAGUCAGGUGAAGAAGAAAAGUUACAACUUUGAUGCACUAUUAUCAUCGCUAAUUAUUCCUGGGAUUGGUCUUGGAUAGGUCAAAUUACUCAAAGAGCUAAGAAAGGUAGAGGUGCUGCUUGUGGUAUGCCUGAGUGGGGAACUGGAAAACUAAUUCAUAUUGAGUUUGAUGCUAACUGGAUGCCUAUUAGUGAAAAUGGGAAGGGAUUUAGUUCACAACUUGGAAUUUUGGCGCGAGAUGGAGAGAAGGUUCCUCUAACAUAUACUUCAUGGAAUGCCAUGCCAGACGAUAUUUUGGAUGCCAUUUGGAAAGAUGUCAAGGAUAAUACGGAUGUUCCGGAUGAGUAUAAACAACAUUGCUUAAAGGUUGUUGGUAGUAGAUGGAGGGACUGGAAGUGCCGAGUCAAGACACAAUGGUAUGAUAAAUAUGAAACGGAUGAGCAGCGAUUAACAUUCAUUCCUAGUCAGGUUGUUGGAGAGCAAUGGAAGAUAUUAGUAAAGUAUUGGGGUCUUCCGCAAAUAAAGGAAAUGUGUGAGACAAAUAAAUCUAGCCGUGCACAAGGAGGAGGUGUCCCUCAUAGGACCGGUCGAAAAUCUUUUGCUAGACUACGAAAAGAGAUGAUGGAGAAUGGAGAGAAAACAGAUCGUGUCAGCAUGUUUGUCAAAACAAGAGCAAUGAAAACAAAGGAUGAUGAUGGUCAACCAAUUGAAAUUCAUGAUGAGGAGGCUACUGCUGUUAUUAGUCAAUUCAAUGAAUAUUUGGAGGAGAGGCCAGAAGAUGAACAAGAUAAUACUUUUCGUGAAGAGGUAUUCACUAAAGUGAUGGGAGAAGAUGCACAUGGACGUGUUCGCAUGUAUGGAACAGGUGUGACUCCAUCUCAAGUGUUUGGUAAUUCCAAAGCUUAUGAGACUAAUGAGAAAAGGACAAUUGAGGAAAUGGAUGUAAAACCAUAG